AUGGAGACCUCACGCUCUCCCAAAGACAUCCAUGUCCCAUUGGACACCGAUACCGCCCCGUCCACCAUCACCAACGACUCUCAGAUCUCAAUAUCUGCCCAACUCGCGUAUUGGCAAUCCACCAGUGCCGAUGUAAACGGCAUGCUCGGCGGCUACCCGCAAAUCUCCCGCAUCGACAUCCAAUUCUCACGAAACUUCAUCAGGAAACUCCGGCGGAAAUAUAAAGAGACCCCCGAAUCCGAACCUCAGAAGUCAACAUCUUUGUCGAAUUCGACCGUCAACCCAACAAUGGGCAGGAACUACGUAUUUAGCCACGCACUCGAAGCAGGUGCGGGUAUCGGACGCGUUACGCUCGGCUUGCUCGUGCCUCUAUGCGCAAAGAUCGAUAUUAUCGAACCGGUACAGAAGUUCACGGACGUGCUCACCGGACCAGAGUCACCGCUCGUGGAAAAUGACCAGUUGGGCCGAGUUUGGAAUCUCCCGUUGCAGGAGUGGACUGUUGAUUCUAGGCCUGCGUAUGCUUCAAUCGAGACUCCAGGGUCGAAGUAUGAUCUAGUCUACAACCAAUGGUGCUUAAAUCACCUGGCCUUAUCUUCUCUCGUGGCAUAUUUUAAAUCCUUGAUCCUCCUGCUCUCGCCGAAUGGCUGGAUCAUCGUGAAAGAGAACCUGUCGACCGACGCGUUCGGGGCCGAUAUCUUCGACCCCGUGGACAGCAGCGUGACGCGAAGCGAUGCGAAUUGGAGGGCGGCCUUUAAGGACGCUGGGCUGAAGAUUGUGCACACGGAGCUGCAGACGGGGUUUCCCAAGGAUUUGGGGUUGUACCCUGUCAGGAUGUAUGCGUUGAGGCCGGGGUAG